AUGGUCAAAACGGCGUCGUUUGGAACCAGCUCAAGCUUUGUUCUUCGUCUUGGACAAACUCUGUUUUCUUCUGCUUCACUUCUGUUCAUGUGCUUCAACGAUGAUGACGAUUUCUACGCUUACACUGCCUUCUGUUAUUUAGUUACAGUGAUGGGUUUAGUGACACCAUGGAGCGUGACGUUAGCCCUAAUUGAAGCUUACUCUACCAUCGUUAAAAGCCUUCCUUUGCAAGCAACAGUUUUAUCAGUUAUCGUCGCUGGAGAUUUUAAGCAGAUGAUUAUAGCUAUGUGGUAG